GACAUCUAUAGAAACGCAACUUGUCGUCUUGCCAUUAGAAUCCACCAAAUUCCUUCGAUACAACUGGAACAGCCCUCUUAGAAGUCAGAACCCUAAAACUCUCUCUCUCUCUCUCCCCCUCUGUGAACCAGUUAUACUCUUGUUGCUUUGGCUAUUUGGGCAGAUUUCCUGCCAAAACAACAUUUAAGAGGCAUAUAAAAGGAAUUUGGAUUGGAGCACUAAGCACUUGGAAGCUUGUUCUGUAUCAUAAAUGGCAGAGGUGGUUGGGCCGAGAUUGUAUAGUUGUUGUAGUUGUAGAAAUCAUGUGGCUUUUCAUGAUGAUGUCAUUUCAAAGGCUUUUCAGGGAAGACAUGGUCGAGCAUUUCUUUUCUCACAUGCGAUGAACAUUGUGGAGGGGCCAAAGGAGGACAGACGAUUAACGACUGGUCUCCACACGGUUGCUGAUAUCUACUGCUGCGAUUGCAGAGAGGUGCUUGGGUGGAAAUAUGAAAGAGCAUAUGAGGAAACCCAGAAGUACAAGGAAGGAAAGUUCAUUCUCGAGAAGUCAAAAAUUGUCAAGGAAAACUGGUAGCAAUCAAGCAUGUCUCUUAUCGUUUGUCCUAAGUUGCUGUAAGUGUAGAGAUGAUAAUACACAUGUCCAUUGUGUCUAGGCAGUCUUUCAUGAUUUGAAAAUCUGCUCUUGUUGUUCAUUAAUGUGUGUACGUUAUUUAUUGUGUGGAUAUUGAAUUGGAGUUUAUCGAUUGUGUCAAUAAAUUGUGAAUAAUUCUUCGUCAUGCUCAUAUGAUUGAUAUGGA